CGGUCGACCUGCAGUGGGGGCGGGGGAUACCCGGCACCCCGGGAGGGUGCGUAAUCCAAAGGCUCCUGUCCCGUGAUCGUGGGCGGGGAUGGCAGCUCAGGUAGAGGGAAGGGCGCGUGCAAAGGCCUUGGAGCGGUUCCUGAACCCGGGAAGCGCAGCGUGCCGAGGGAGAUAGGACGGGAGGCCUGGUCCUGGAGCUUUGGGAGCCCCGGGAAGGCGGCUGGGUUCUAGCACGUAGGCAGGGGCGCAGCCGUUCGCGAAUUCCGUUCAGUUCUCCCCAGCAUCGUGUUGAGUACGUCCGAUGUGAAGGCAGUAGCCUGGAUACUGGAGAUACGGCAGGAGCAGAACUGCUCCCCUAGCUGACAUUCUAGUGGGGGGGACCCGCUGUAAGCAAAGCGGGGUAGUGCAAUACCGCAGGUCACGUGGUACACGCUGCGCAAGGCCAGGACAGGGUUAGCGUUCUGGGGUGGGUGCGCAGUGCCCUUUAUUGAUAGGGUGAUUAGUGAAGACCGCUCUGGAGCCACACUGGAGCAGGACUUGCCUGAGAGGAGCAGCACGAAGGCCCAUGUGACCCAGUACAGUGAGGAAAGGAGCCCCAGGGGAUCCUGACCACGUCUGCUGGGGCCGCCGUCUCUGGGUACGGUUCAGCUGCUCUUUGUGGGGAGGAGUCUGUUCAGGACUGGCCCUAGGCUGUGAGACCUGGCUAUGUCUGGCCCUUCUCUGCUGCGAGCCGACCUGCCUGGCAUCCCCCUUGCUGACCUUCGAUGACGGGGUGCAGCCCUGCGUUUGCCAUGUGGCCCCUCAUGGGCGUACCCCACGUGCUGGCACGGAGAGGCCCCUUUGGAAGGGAUCUCUUUCUGGCCAGGACUCUCUGCAGCCCAGGCCCCAGCCAGCCCAGAGAGAAGAGACCCGAGGAGGUGGCCCUCGGGCUGUACCAUCGCCUCCUGGCACUGGGACGUGCCCUGGGGCAUAGCGUCCAGCAUCGCGCCUCCUCCACGGCCAAGACCUGGUGGGACCGAUACGAGGAGUUUGUCGGAAUCAAUGAGGUUCGAGAGGCCCAGGGGAACGUGACGGAGGCGGAGAAGGUGUUCAUGGUGGCCCGCGGGCUGGUCCGGGAGGCACGGGAGGCCUUGGAAGUUCAGCAGGCCAAGCUGAAGGAAGUGAGGGACCGCCUGGACCGCGUCUCCAGGGAGGACAGCCAGUACCUGGAACUGGCGACUCUGGAGCACAGGAUGCUGCAGGAGGAGAAGAGGCUCCGCACAGCCCACCUGCGUGCUGAAGACUCCGAGCGAGAGAAGUUCUCCCUCUUCUCUGCGGCUGUGCGGGAGAGUCAUGAGAAGGAGCGCACAAGGGCCGAGAGGACCAAGAACUGGUCCCUCAUCGGGUCCAUCCUGGGGGCCCUGAUCGGCGUGGCGGGCUCCACCUACGUGAACCGUGUUCGCCUGCAGGAGCUAAAGGCCUUACUCCUGGAAGCACAGAAGGGGCCCGUGAGCCUCCAGGAGGCCAUCCGAGAACAGGCGUCUAGCUACUCCCUCCAGCAGAGAGGCCUCCAGGACCUCAUGGUGGACCUGAGGGGCCUGGUGCAUGCUGGGCAGGGACUGGGUGCUGGGUCCCAGGCAGGCACUCCCCCGAGCAGAGACAGAGACGUGGAUGUCUUUUCAGCUGCCUUGAAGGAGCAGCUCAGUCAUUCCAGGCAGGUCCGUUCGUGUCUAGAAGGUUUACGAGAGCAGCUUGACGGCCUGGAGAAGACUUGCAGCCAAGUGGCUGGGGUGGUGCAGCUCACACAGGCUGCAGCACACCCAGGCCCGGGGGAGCCAGCCGACGGGGCCCUGCCCAGCUCCUUGCUGGGCCAGGGGAGCUUGAUCCUGGCGCUGUCAGACAUGGAGCAGCGACUGGAAGGCCGGGUCAACAGGAGCACCGUCUACGGCACGCUGGUCACCUGUGUGACGUUUGUAGCCACUCUGUCUGUGCUCUAUAUACUGUUCAGGGCCAGCUAGCCCCCAGUCCCCCUCCAGCGGGUCUGACAGGGUAGGCGUGAAUGGGUUAGGUAAUGCCACCAGUGGGGCGAGCCUUCUGGGGUACACACCUUGGCCUGAAUCUGGGUGCCCCCGUGGGGCUCGCCUGUGGGUAUAUUUUGCUUUGUAGGCAGUGCUCACUUACAUUACUUACCAAAGCCUUGUGCUCAUUUCCAAUUAAAAUACAUUUUUAAAGUUUGUA